AUGGAGAACAUAGCAACACCGGAGAAACAACCCGCAACUUCACAACCACAACAAUUCUCGCCAACACCUACCCAACCUUCACCAAACAUUACCAUACCAGUUCCACCACAACAACCGCAAUCUACACAACCUACCUCUACAUCUCCAGUACCAUCAUUCUCAACCUUUUUCCCAAACUUUGAUAACAAUCAACCAACUUCCACCCAAACAACAUCUCUUCAACACCCAACUACAACCCAGACUGUCAAUUUACAGCAGUCGUCUCCUUACGUUAGAAUCAUUCCUGAUGACACUCCAUCACCGAUUCAAACUCAAGCACCUAAUGCAACAUCAAUUCAGCAAGCCACUCGACCGGUUAUUUCACAACAAAGUCAGCCAAUGCCAAAUCUUUAUAGAUCAACCAUCUAUGAUCAAGGAAACAACUCAGGUGAUUUUAUGGUAGUCGAUUAUGCACCAUCGCUUACAUACGAGCAGCCACAGGUAGUUUUGGGUCGCCCAUUCCUAUAUACCACGAAUGCCCAAAUUGAUUGUCGAAGCGGAAUGGUCACCAUGAGCUAUAAGAAUCGUAAGUUGUACUUUAAUGUGUUUUUAAAAACUAUUUCUUACGAUCCUGUUAAUGAUGCUUGUCAUACAGUUGCUACUAAUGAACAUGAUUCAAGUGUGACAAAGGACAGGUUAGAGGCGAGUGGAUAUCGGGUGAAGAAGUCAAGUGUGAGAAGGCCAUUUGGCGGAGGAAAACCACCUGAUGGUGGGUCUGGAUGGGGUAAUGAAACUGUAGUUAACCCCAACCAAAGUGAAACGGUGACCCUCCCUAAAAGAUGGAUGGAUAUGUACGGAGAGACAUGCGAGGGAAAACGUGCAGCUGAACCACCCUGA